AAUUUUCAAACUAUUAAAAUGAAUAUAGAAACAGUACAAAGCCGUCCAUAUGAGGGACAAUUGCCGGGUACUUCGGGGCUACGUAAAAGAGUAACAGUUUUCCAACAGCCAGGAUAUACAGAAAAUUUCUUAGAAGCAAUUUUCUCAGUACUUCGGCCAAAAUUGGGUGAAAUUUGGAUUAUUGGUGGAGAUGGAAGAUAUUAUAGUGAAACAAUAAUUCAAAUAGUCAUACAAAUGGCAGCAGCACAUGGAGUUUCAAAGCUAGUUAUUGGGCAUAAAGGAAUUUUGUCAACGCCAGCAGCAUCUUGGAUGAUCCGAACAUAUCAAGCAGCAGCAGGGUUACUUUUAACUGCAUCCCAUAAUGCAGGAGGGCCCAAUGGUGAUUUUGGUAUUAAGUUAAAUAUGAGUAAUGGAGGAUCAGCACCAGAAACAAUAAUACAUGAAAUCUAUAAAUAUACAAAAAACAUGACAAGAUAUAUUACAUUAAAUAUAGAGAAUAUUGAUCUAAGCGAAAUUGGAACUAGGAUAGAAAAAGGAUUAACAGUAGAGAUUGUGGAUCCGGUACAAGGUUAUGUGGACUACUUAAUGGAUAUUUUUGAUUUUGAACUGAUUCGAGCAUUUUUUCGGCGGUUUACAAAAUUUAGAAUGCUUUUUGAUGGAUUACAUGGAGUGACUGGACCGUAUGCAAAAGAAAUAUUUUUAAAUAGAUUGGGAUUGCCUCCUGCAUCAUUGCAAAAUUGUGUUCCUUUACCUGAUUUUGGAGGUGGACAUCCAGAUCCGAAUUUAACAUACGCCAAAACGUUAAUUACACGGGUAGAUGCAGAAAAAAUUGACGUUGGAUUUGCUUCUGAUGGAGACGGAGAUAGAAAUAUGGUAUAUUGUGUCGAGACACUUGUAAGUCCAUGUGAUUGUCUUGCAUUAAUUGCACAUCAUGCAGAAAAAAUUCCAUACUUUAAGAAAAAUAGAAUAUUUGGCUAUGCUAGAAGCAUGCCUACAAGUAGGGCGCUGGAUUUAGUUGCAGAAAAAAAAGGUUUAAGAUGUUAUGAAGUUCCAACAGGAUGGAAAUUUUUCUGUACGCUUUUUGAUCACAAUAAAAUCUCUAUUUGUGGUGAAGAAUCUUUUGGAAUAGGAUCAAAUCAUAUAAGGGAAAAAGAUGGUCUUUGGGGUGUUUUAUCUUGGCUAAAUAUUUUGGCUGCUAUUAAUAUGGAACAUGAAGACCAACAAUUUAAAGGGAUCUUGGAUAUUUUAGAUGAAUUUUGGGAAAUUUAUGGCAGAACUUAUUUUUCACGUUAUGAUUAUGAAGAAAUAGACGGGUUCUCUGCAGGAAAAGCAUUAAAUCGUUUUUCAGAAAUCAUUCAUGAUGAUGAUUUUAUUGGAUCAUCUCCUAUUUAUGGCUAUAAAGUUCAAGAUGCUGGUGAUUUUUCCUAUCACGAUUCAAUUACAGGAGAAACAACUGAACAUCAAGGUCUUUACAUAAAUUUUUCUAACAGAAGUAGAAUUGUUGUACGUUUAUCGGGUACUGGAAGCUGCGGAGCAACCAUAAGGAUAUAUAUUGAAAAAUACGAAGCAGACAGACAAAAAUUUCAUUUAAAACUACAAGAUGUACUUCGAGGAUUAUUUGAAUAUUCAUUAUCAUUAUUAAAUCUUAAAGAAUAUAUUGGCACUUGCACUCCUACAGUAAUAACAUAA